AAACCAAGCCCUGGGCUCGUCCGAGGGCUGAGGCUGGCCAGGCUGGGCUCCUGCGACGGGGGAGCAGCGCUGCCGGGAGGCACCCUCUCUCCUGGUGAACCCCAACAGAAGGAGGACGGCCCCGUGGUGUCGAGGGACCUGGAUAAUCCCGCUGUGGGGGUUCCAGGCUGGACACCCCAUCCCAACAGACCCUCUGAAUCACCCCAGAGGACCCCCGAGUUCCUGCGGCACCGGCAGCUGCCGGGUUUGCCCGGGGAUGCCGGCACAGCCAUGGCAGACCCUGCUCUGGAUAACGAGGGACCCAUCUAUGAAAGCAUCCGGGCUGCUGAAAAAUCUGGGAUGCUGAAAAAGCCUUGGGAAGCUGGCAGUGUCCUGGGGGACUCCCCAUCCCUGCCCAAUGGGGAUGAGCCUGGUGUCUCCAUGCAGGAGAUCAUGGCCCAAGAGGAGCUGAAGAGCGAGGAGAGCUCCAUGCAGGAGAUCAUGGCCCAGGAGGAGCUGGAGAGUAAGAAGAGCUCAGUGCAGGAGAUCAUGACCCAAGAGGAGCUGGAGAGUAAGAAGAGCUCAGUGCAGGAGAUCAUGGCCCAGGAGGAACCAGAGAGUAAGAGGAGCCCCAGCCCCAUCUAUGCCCAGGUCCACAAGCUGCCCCGGGCACCGCAGCCCCCACAGCCCCCCAGUCCCCCCGAACCCGAAGAAGAAACACCUCCAUCGCUGCCAGAAAGGCGCUUCGAUGUGCCAUAGGACACCCCAGAGAUGUUCUGGAGCUGCCUGGAGCUCAUCUGGUUGGUGCAAGAUUGAUGGAGGGGUUUCCCAGCCAUGGGCAAGAGCGUGGGCAGGCAGAGGCAGCAGCCCUGGAGAGCUGCCCGCUCCCUUCCCAACUCCAACAUCAACUUGGAGGUUUAUCCCCCAACAUCCAGAGUGAGGGGUCCCCGAGGGUCCCUCUGGGACAUCCCCAGAGUGGGUGGUGAGGUGUUGGCUGAAGGAAAACAACAGAAGAACCAGGAGUGAUUAUCUUUUGGAGAAGCUCCAAAAAAAAAAAAAAAGAAAUCCCAAAAUUACUUCCACACCUCAUCCAGCUCGGAUUCCCCAAGAAAAAUCACCUGGAGCAUUGUCUUGCUUCCCGGGAGCCAGAGUUUUUAGAUGGGGAGCUGUGUAAAUAGUCCUUAAUUGCUAUUUGAAUAAUUUUUAAUGAG